AUGGAUAACGCAAACUUGUGGACUCGUCGAUCCAACGCCUCUAAGCUGUCUCUGUCUAUGUCGGGGACAGACGGUAAGGACGGCGGCGCCAGAGUUGACCUUCCCCGCACGGCGAAGCGGUUUGGCCCAGACAGCUCCCACGGUCGAUCAAAUCCCUUCAACGCCCUCUCCCCCCUCUCCGGCGGCGUGUCCUCUCCGUCGACUAACGCGUCCUCUGCUUUCGGUCUGGGAUCCGGCGCAUUCGCUUCCUUCGGCGCUCCCAAGACUCCCGGUAGCUCCGACGUGAAGACGCCGGGGGAAAAACGGGACUCUGCGUUGGAACAGGACUCGACAACAUCGAAGGGUCUGGCCUCCAGGGAGCAUCCACUCAAGAAUACCUGGGUGAUCUGGUACCGCCCCCCGACACCUAAAUACUCCGACUACGAAAAAUCCACCGCCCCCCUCGCCUCCAUCUCGUCCGUCGAAAGCUUCUGGUCGAUAUACGCCCACCUCAAACGGCCCUCGCUCCUCCCCACCGUCUCCGACUACCAUAUAUUCAAGAAGGGGAUCCGACCCGUAUGGGAAGAUGACGCUAACAAGAAGGGUGGGAAGUGGAUUGUGCGGUUGAAGAAGGGGGUUGCGGACCGGUACUGGGAGGAUCUUCUCUUGGCGAUGAUUGGAGAUCAGUUUGCCGAGGCUGGUGACGAGGUUUGCGGUGCGGUUCUCAGUGUUCGCAGCGGGGAGGAUGUGCUGAGCGUAUGGACUCGCAUUGACGGUGGGCGGAACAUCAAGAUCCGGGAAACCAUCAAGCGUCUUCUCGCCUUCCCCGCCGACACCAACAUCGUCUGGAAGAGUCACGAUGACAGCAUCGCACAGCGCUCGGCCAUCGACCAGGCUCGCCAGGAGAAGGCCGCCAACAACGCGGGUCACCACCACCACCAUCACCACCAUCAUCAUCACAACCACAACCAGCAGAACAUAGGCGUCGAUCGACGAAGGGCUACGGGUAACGAUGACUCUACGGGGGAUAAAGGCAAAGGGGCGUCUACGUGA